UAAUGCUAACAAGUGGUGUAGCGAGACGAGACCGCCUCCUCAUUUCUGAAUUAUACAUUGCGCGGACAUAUAAACUCCUGGUUAUUUGGCUACAUUAAUACAAUUUUGUACAGGUGUGGUGUGUUGGUGACAUGAUGGCGUGUACAUCUGCUCGCUGUGAAGAUGUAGAUGUCUCGUGGUAUGCCUCCAUUGUACACAACUGUAUUCAGGAGGACAAACUAAGUAAGCUGAAGGCUACGCUCAGGAAAUUCUCAAAGGAACAGCGACGGAAAAUUGUAAAUUACAAAAUUAAUGGUAACGCUGCACUGUUUAAUGCUUGUCUAAAGGGAAAAGUGCACAUAGGUAAUUACCUACUAGAUGAAUGUGGAGGAGACUAUGAACAGAGGGGAAUCUAUGAAGUAGAGCUUGAUCAUUCUCGACAUGACGUGACCCCGUUAUGGUGUGCCGCUGUUGCAGGUAACCUGGAGGUGGUUAAAAGUCUGAUAUCCCACGGUGCCAAUAUCAACAGUCCUUCUGACACCGAGUCUACACCGGUUCGGUCGGCCUGCUACAUGACUAACAUUGCCGUGGUUAAGCUAUUGGUGGACAAUGGUGCAGACAUCCACAAAGCAAACAUUAAUGGUGGAACCUGUUUAAUCAACUCUGUGCAGAGUGUUCGUUUGUGCGAGUUUCUGAUAUCAAAAAAUGUUGAUGUGAAUGCUAGGGACAACUCGGGCAAUCUUGCACUCCAUUAUGCAAUCAGGGAGGGUAGAUUGGACACUGUUAAACUUUUGCUGAGCUACGGUUCCGAUCAUACUGCCAAAAAUGAUUUUGGUGAUGAUGCCUUACAAACAGCGGCGUUGAGAGGAUUCACUUCAAUCGUAGACUAUAUUUUAGAAAAUACUAUCCAGACUAAAGAGACUGAAAUUCAUUCAUAUGAACUUCUUGGCACAAACUUUGUUGAUGAAGUACAUGAUAUAGUUGGUGCUCUGGCAAUGUGGAGAAAAGCCAUGAAUAUGAGAUAUUCAUAUCCUAACAAUGAAAUUAUGAAAGUCUUACCCUUAGAAACCAAUUACGCAUACCAGCAUGCACGAGAACCCAUGACUGUGAAUGAAUUAGAACAAAUCAUAGAACCAGACAAUGUUUACAUGCAGGCUCUACUGAUCCGUGAGAGGAUCAUUGGGCCCUUCCACAAGGACACCACCUUUGGGUUGAUGUACCGAGGAGCAGUGUACGCUGAUAGCCAUAGGUAUCAACGAUGUGUGGACCUAUGGAAGUAUGCCUACAUACUGAGGAACAAGAAAGGAGAGCCGCUCAACCACGAGUGCCUCUUCACAGUACAGGCCCUCAUCAAGCUCUUUUGGGAGAUGCAAGUUGAGCUGGAAUCAGGUGCCACAGAGGAAAAGGUCUUAGUUCCAGAUGCAUUUGAGGUAUUUGCAAUGUUGAUUCAGCAGAUAGAAGGUGGAAUAUGCAUUCUUAAAACACGUCCUACAAAUCCAAACUCUUCUCUGGGCGACUUUCAACUGCUGCUGCAACUCUCCCUUCACGUGGUCCAUCUCAUAUCUCGACUGGAGUCCACAGAUCAGCAGAAAUUUGAAUUCCACAGCCUUGUGCACCGACUUGUUACCAUUGAUCCGCGUGGUCAAGAUAUGGAGAGCUUACUUCACCUAGCAGUAGAUCCAAAGAUCUCGCUGACUAGCGAAGAGUUUUACUCUCCCUUUCCGUCACUGGCCGUAGUUCAGACACUCAUUACAUGUGGGGCUCAGACUAACACUGUGGAUAAGAAGAGGAACACACCACUUCACAACAGUAUUAAGUUCCUCACCUACUCAGAGCUACAGAAUGAAGGUAUUCUGGCUUGCUUGCUACAGAACGGAGCUCAUGUUGAUAUCUACAAUGGUGAGGGGUUAAGUGCCCUUCAGAUGAUGCAGAACCAGGGUCUACCUGUUCCUCCACUGCAAUACCGCACACUUAGGUGCCUGUCCGCGGAGGUAAUCAUGCGCCACAAGAUACCCUACCAAACUGAGGUUCCUGUGUCCUUAUUUUCCUUCAUAGAAAUGCAUGGGUAACGGUUGAUUUGGUUUAAAAGUACAUGUACUGUAUUUGUACCUCUAAACACAUACAUGUACUGUAUUUGUACCUAUACACACAUACAUGUACUGUAUUUGUACCUAUAAACACAUACAUGUACUGUAUAUUUGUACCUCUAAACACAUACAUGUGCUGUAUUUGUACCUAUACACACAUACAUGUACUGUAUUUGUACCUAUAAACACAUACAUGUACUGUAUUUGUACCUCUUAACACAUACAUGUACUGUAUUUGUACCUAUAAACACAUACAUGUACUGUAUUUGUACCUAUAAACACAUACAUGCAUUUCAAACCAUGACAAGAGUGUGAGAGUCAAAAAACUUUGUAAGUGAAAUACUGUCAUUUGUAUCUACAAGUGAAGAAAGGUAGUAUUGGUUAUAGAAUUUAAUGGUCCAGAGGUAUUUGUGGUAUAAGGGGACAAAUUAAACGCGACUUUGAAACUGUAUCAGUGGUAAUUGAAGAUAAGUGUACAUUACUUGCUUGUGACUUGCAAAUGGAAUGCUCCUAAGCCAAACUGAAUUAGAAGUUGGAAAAACUUUCAUAGGGACAAACUGCCAAUUAGGAAUGAGCAUGCCUCUAAUACAGGAAAUGAGAUUUCUUUGUGAUCUAGUAUUUCUGAUAAAGUAACUUAACAGUUAUCAGGUGACCAUUAUAGUGUGUCUUCUGUAUGAUACAGUAAUGUAUACAGCCCACUUUUGUAACCUGUGUCCAUUAAAUUAUUUUUAUGAUAUGAGUCAUUUGAGUGUACUACUGUAUACAAUUCAUUUUUAGCUCACCUGGUCCGAAGGACCAAGGUGAGCUUAUGCCAUACCGUUGCGUCCGUCGUCCGUCCGUACGUCAACAAUUUCUUUAAACGACUUCUUAUUCUUAACCACUGGUCGGAAGCAUUCGUGGGAGGCAGGGAUUCAAAAUUGUACAAAUGGUGGGGCUGACCCCCCGGGCUAAGGGG